AGAGUUGUUGUACUGAAGAAAAAGAAAGAAAGAUGAAAUAAUGAAACAACUUCUUAGAAGUGCAAUAUUUUAAUUCGUCAUUUUCUCUCUCUUAUCUCUCUCCCUUUUCCUCUCCGGUAUCAUCAUCCCCAAUUUAUGCUUUAUUUCCACUGAUUCAUCCCCCUUUUCAUUCCGAAACCCUAAUUUUAUUAUAUUUCUUCAUCUCAAACCCCCUUGGACUCCAAAACCCUUUUCUCAUGCUCUAAUUUUGUUCGAUCGUAUUAUAAAUUCGGGUCAACCGCUAGGGUUUUCUCACCGAACCCAAACCAUUCAAUCUCAAUCGGGUUUUUUGGUUUUGGAUUGAGGGUUUGCGAAGCUUCUUUCAGGUUCGAUUCAAACCGAGGAUCGGUUUUAUCGAGUAUUUAGGGCCUGCGAUAAGUUAAAUUUGUGAAAUGAGUGCUCAGAAGAAGAGGAACUUCCAAAUUGAGGCCUUUAAGCAUCGGGUCGUGGUUGAUCCCAAGUACGCAGAGAAGACCUGGAAGAUCCUUGAGCAUGCGAUUCACGAAAUUUACAAUCACAAUGCUAGCGGGCUUAGCUUCGAAGAACUUUAUAGGUUUGUGACUUUUGCGUACACCUAUCUAACUGAUGGCCUUAUGGUCUUCUUGCAUAUUGAUAGGGUGACAACCAUGACUUAUCAUCUAAAAGAAAUAUCUAAAUCAAUUGAAGCUGCUCAGGGAGAGUUGUUUUUAGAAGAGCUGAACAGGAAAUGGGCAGAUCAUAACAAGGCAUUGCAGAUGAUUCGAGACAUAUUGAUGUACAUGGACAGGACUUUUAUCCCAAGCACCCACAAAACCCCCGUGCAUGAGCUUGGGUUGAACCUGUGGAGGGAUGUUGUAAUUCACUCUAGCAAAACCCAGGCUAGGCUUUUGGAUACACUUCUUGAGCUUGUGCAUAGAGAAAGGAGUGGCGAAGUAAUUAACAGAGGCUUGAUGAGGAAUAUUAUAAAAAUGUUAAUGGAUUUGGGUUCUUCUGUUUACCAAGACGACUUUGAGAAGCAUUUUCUUGAGGUUUCAGCUGAUUUUUACCGUUGUGAGUCCCAAGAGUUCAUAGAGUCAUGUGACUGUGGGAACUAUUUAAAGAAGGCUGAGAGACGCUUAAUGGAAGAAAUGGAGAGAGUGUCCCAUUACUUGGAUGCUAGAAGUGAAGCUAAGAUAACAAAUGUGGUGGAAAAGGAGAUGAUCGAAAGUCACAUGAACAGACUAGUUCAUAUGGAGAGCUCAGGUUUAGUUAAUAUGCUUGUGGAUGACAAAUAUGAUGACUUGGGAAGAAUGUAUAGCUUGUUUCGCAGGGUGCAGAACGGACUUGUGAUAGUCAGAGAUGUCAUGACUGCUUACAUCCGGGAUACUGGCAAACAGCUAGUUACUGACCCAGAAAGAUUAAGGGAUCCUGUAGAUUUCGUGCAGCGUCUCCUGGAUUUGAAGGACAAAUAUGACAAAGUUAUCAAUUUGGCAUUUAACAAUGACAAGACAUUCCAGAAUGCUCUAAAUUCUUCUUUUGAAUACUUCAUUAAUUUGAAUGCCAGGUCCCCUGAAUUCAUUUCUCUGUUUGUGGAUGACAAACUUCGGAAAGGAUUAAGAGGGGUCAGUGAGGAGGAUGUAGAAGUUGUACUGGACAAGGUCAUGAUGCUUUUCCGUUACCUUCAAGAGAAAGAUGUGUUUGAAAAGUAUUACAAACAACACUUGGCAAAGAGGCUUCUUUCUGGUAAAACUGUUUCUGAUGAUGCAGAAAGAAGUCUUAUUGUUAAGCUCAAAACAGAGUGUGGAUAUCAAUUCACUUCUAAAUUGGAGGGUAUGUUCACUGAUAUGAAGACCUCUCAGGAUACAAUGCAUGGAUUCUAUUCAGCCGUUGGACAUCAGUUAGGUGAUAGCCCAACACUGGCUGUUCAGGUCCUCACAACAGGUUCCUGGCCUACUCAGCCAAGUGCCACAUGCAACCUUCCAGCAGAAAUUUUGUGGGUAUGUGAGAAGUUCAAGAGUUAUUAUCUCGGGACCCAUACGGGGCGGAGAUUGUCCUGGCAAACAAAUAUGGGUACAGCUGACUUGAAAACGACUUUUGGAAAGGGCCAGAAGCAUGAGCUGAAUGUUUCCACGUACCAGAUGUGCGUGCUGAUGCUAUUCAACAACACUGACCGGUUGACCUAUAAGGAAAUUGAGCAGGCUACGGAGAUUCCAGCCUCUGACUUGAAGAGGUGUCUGCAAUCUCUGGCCUGUGUUAAAGGGAAGAAUGUUCUUCGGAAGGAGCCAAUGAGCAAGGACAUAGCUGAGGACGAUGCCUUCUUCUUUAAUGACAAGUUCACAAGCAAGUUCUUCAAGGUAAAGAUAGGUACUGUGGUUGCGCAAAGGGAGUCUGAACCAGAAAAUCAAGAAACCAGGCAGAGAGUAGAGGAAGACAGGAAGCCCCAGAUUGAGGCAGCAAUUGUGAGGAUCAUGAAGUCAAGGCGGGUACUGGAUCACAAUAAUAUUGUUGCUGAGGUCACGAAACAGCUGCAGGUGCGAUUCUUGCCCAACCCUGUUGUAAUAAAGAAACGAAUCGAGUCCCUCAUUGAGCGGGAGUUUUUGGAGAGGGAUAAAACAGAUAGAAAAUUGUACAGGUACCUUGCUUGAAGAAACAGUAUGUUUUGAUUUAUUUUGUUAUGGCUGCUCAUGGCACAAGCCUGUAUGAUUUAUCCUACAUUUGGUUAGUUGGAAUGUUGUUCUUUGAUCAUUACGGGCUCUGGGUGGAUUCGAAUGAAGUUCAAUUAAUGCCUCUUUGUUGUUUAA